GGCAGGGAGACGGGGCGAGUUCGAUUGGUCUUGCUUGCGUCACUUCAGUGCUCCCGACGUCCAGCACCACCACCGCGACGGUCUGCCAGGCGUGAACACACAAAUGAACACCAUAGUAAGGUAUGGUCACCCCUGCACGUGUCGACCAUACCUGAGUCCACCGCGCCCUUGACAUUGGCGAAUCUCGGCAUUUUCCAGUCACUCGACUGGCCCGCGAUCCUCUCGGCGGCCUCACGAAAGGCCUUGCCUAUGGCAUCCUGUUCACGGAGCCGCCGGAUGUUGUCUCUCGUGUGAUCCCUGGACUUGACGCCUCGUGCACCACUGUGGGGGGCAGGCUGCAGGAGAGAGGCCAUAGCGCGGUACUGGGACGCUGGGGUGGCUCUGGGCGGCAACCUGGUGGCGGCAUAAACAACCACACACACAAAGAUGUCAUCAAUCCUCGUGUGUUGACUUGAUAUCAAAAUGCUUUUCGCUUCGCUUACCCAUUGCUGUUACGAUAUGUGCCCUGCUGGCCGGCUCUUGUCUGAUUCCACAGAUGCGACGCAGUCCCAACCGUUACUGCACAGAGAAAGAACCAAGACCAGUCGAAGGAAGAAUGACAGAGGUGAACAUCCGCCGCUCUCCACCCACCCGUCCUCCCUCGCACCUUCUGUGUUGACGCCAGCUUCCCGCCCACGUGUGGCCCCCAUCGGCACCUUGCCAUCCCUCACUGGCAUGGCUAUCAUGUCCACCAGUGGACCGUCCUGCGGCUUCAUUGUGGUCGCAUUGGAAUCAACGGCCUGCUCGAUCUCGGCGCCGGAAUGCACGCGCGUGCAUAUGUGCGGCUGGGCAGUGGACUUCUGGUCCUUGUCGGGCCGCCGGUCUUCGUAUACAGACGGGCGGCUGACACGACACAGGCAGGACAGGGCAUGGGGAGCCAAAAAGGAAAGGGUGAAACCAGCCCAGCCAGGAUGAUGCAUACUGACUGCACCUUCUGCCCACCUGUGGAAUCGGUCUCGCGCGCGCGUCUCGGGCUUUUUCUGCCCCUCCCUCUCCCUCCUCUCGCAGACCGUGCGCCCACCAUUGCCGCUCUGACAUCCAAUGAGUGAGGCCAUCUGCCGACCGCAGAGGCUCCGAUCUCGCUCCCGUCGGGCAUGUGAGGGGUCCACCAGACACACCCCCUCAUGCCCGACACCAAGUCGCCCCGCCUCAUCCGACAACCGGUGCACCAAACGCUGCUUGGCCGUUGCCGGCUUGGUCGCUCCCCCAGGCCCGGCCGCUCUCUUCACCGCCCUGGACGACACGAGUUUGCUGCCGGCGGCCCUCUGCUGGCCCGAUGAGCCGCCACCACCACCACGAGGCGCAUCAUUGUCGCGCAUGAGUGCCUUCAUCUGACAGCCCGCCAGCUGCCGGCCCCUCUCAUGCCGGGCGUGGUGCGGAUCGACCGGCGGCACAAAGGACGGCGGGGCCCUCUCGCCGGUCGGCUGCUGGUCGUAGGCCGCCGUGCGAUUGCUAGUGGUGCUGCGGUGGGGCUGGUGGGCGUGGGGGUGUUGCUUCUUGUCCUGUGUGUCUUGGGCGGGUCUGAGGACGGCGUCGGCGGCGGCCCCCGACCACUCGUACUGGGCCCGCGAGACCCAAUGGCCGUCCGGCACCUGGUAAAGCAGCUCGCUCUUCGACGGCAAUGAGCGCUCCACAGCAGACUGACUUUCCCUGACACCGACGACAAGGGAUACGUCGCAUCAAGGCUUGUGUGGGGUCUGGCAAUUCUCGUCCUUCCCUACUGUCUCACCUGGUGCCUCUCUCGUGUGCAUCAGGGGGUCUCGGGCUCUCUAUCUCGCCGACACGCUCAGCGGUCCCCUGCUGGCCACGACUGCCGCUGCCUGCGGCCGCCCCGUCAGCUACCGCGACCCACUGGCCGUCGUGUGUCUCAUGGAGGAAGUGAGUGACAGACGGCAACGAACGCUCCACAAUGGACUGACCACUGCGCUCCACAAUGGACUGACCACUGCUACAGCAGCACAGAGAUAACCAUAAGAGACCCAAAGUGCAUGGAUUCCCUACCCUUCUGUCAACUCACCUGGCAGGACUCUCGGCCGCAUCCAGUGGCCUCGGUCUCUCCAUCACACCAACACCGACACGCUCAGCCCCAGUGUCGUCGCCCCCUAGAGCCGCCUGGUGCUCGUGGGCCAUGGCGGCGAUAUCACGCUGCAGCCGGCUGAUGGCAGCGGCCGUCUCAUCGAAGGUAUCAGGGGCUUCGAGAGGGGCGCCUGGCUGCUCUCCGUUGGUCGCCUCAACAGACUGCAUGCGCUUGGGCGGCGCGGCUGAUCGCCUGAUGUGUCCGUGCCGCUGACGAUGCGGCCGCUCCUUCCGGCUCCCAUCGCCGUCAGGUGCAGGGGCCUUCUCGGCUGAUGGCGAUGGAUCCUUUGGGGUGCGGGGCGGCCCAGUGGACUGCUGGCGCUUGGGCAGCGAGGCUGACUCGCCAGACGGACCCUCAAUAAGUCCACAGUGUGCAGAAGCAGCGCCUUCCUGCCGUCCGAUGCUGUGAGUUCUGUCGGGUGCCGAUGUGGCUGAUGCCGACGGGUGCUCAGCGGCCGCAGCAGUGGCAGUCGUCGGCUCGCCAGUGCGAUGGUCCUGAGGCUGAGGCUCCUCGGCGACAGUGGUGUUCUUCUGCAUGGCCAAAUCGAUUCGCCGCUCCAUCGCCUUUAUCUGAGCCAUCGUUCCGUAGAACCACUCAUCGCUUUGGCUGACGGCGGGAUUCUGCAGUUGCAUGCAGUCCACGCUCGCCUUGCCGCUGCCGAUGUCAUCUGAGCGAACUGUUUUAUUCUUCCGCGACAUUCCUCU